AUGGGAGAUCAUGCCCUAGUCUUCGGCGCGUCCGGCAUCACCGGCUGGGGAGUCGUCAAUGCGUUGCUCAACGACUAUCCAACCCCAGACGCCUUUGACAGAGUUACUGCAUUGACGAAUCGGCCUCUUGCCGCACAGAAAUCUGGGUGGCCGGCGUCGAAGAAACUGAAUAUUGUUUCCGGGUUGGAUCUCCUGUCUGGCGAACAGGCCGCAUUGGAAAAGUGCAUGCGGAAUCAAGUCCCCCAGAUCGACACCGUUAGCCAUGUCUAUUUCUUUGCGUACAUCUACAACUCCGAUAAUGAGACUGAGAUCCGAAUCAAUGUUGAUCUACUACGGAGAGCCGUCACCGCAGUAGACAACUUGAGCGAUAAGUUUGCAUUUGUGGUGUUGCCAACUGGAGUCAAGGCAAGUGGAUUCCUUUCCUUGACGACCUACGGAGUCCAUCUUCUCGACGAAUUCCCCUUUGCGGACAAGCUUCCCUUGACAGAGUCUCUACCUGCCAUCCCCGAGCCGUUCAAGUCGAAGCUGUUUUACUACCCCCAGGUCAAGCUUCUCAAACGCCUUUCCGCCGGCAAAGCGUGGAAAUGGUGUGAUGUUAUUCCUGACAUCGUCGUUGGCUUUGUCCCCAACAACAACGCCUACUGCCUGGCUCAAUGGCUUGCCCUCUACCUCAGUCUCUACCGUGAAAUCAAUGGACCAGGUGCAGAGGUUGUCUUCCCCGGCACGAAGAGCUGGACUAUCAAGAGCAACGACAGUAACCAAGAUAUUAUCGGCCGGUUCGCUGUCUACGCCAGCCUGCAUCCAGAGUGGAGCGCAGGGGAGUGGUACAACGUGGCCGACAACGCACAGUGGUCCACCUGGUCGGGAGUGGCGCCUACAGACGGACCGGGCCCGGAUCCCAGCGUAUACAUCCAGGAGAACAAGGGGAAAUGCUUUGAGAUGGAGAAGAAGUAUGGGCUCAAAGGCGGCAGGGUGGGAAAUGACAAGAGCCUGACGAUCGUCUCCAACUUUCUCAUGAACCAGUUCGACUUUGACCGGCAGGUCGAUCUGACCAAGAUGCAUGCCGCGUGGGGGAGCGCGAAGGAAGAGACCGACGUCCAGGGAGCCUGGCAUGUUGCCUUCAAUCGCUUCCGCGCUGCCAAUAUUAUUCCUAGCUCCUUUACCUAG